GGUAUAUUAACAAUGCAUGGACUUUCAGAAAGGUGUAUGAGAGCGAGCACAAUGCGGAGAGGGCAAUGAUGAAAGGCGAUUACAGUCGUUCAAUCAGCUGUCAUGAGUCUUCAAUUGCAUUAUUACAGGACAUAAUUGACAGAAUAGCUGAAGAAUCGCUGAUAAACCACUUCAACACGCUCAAUUCACUUACAACCCUUAAGUCCCAAAUAAUCAAACGUAUAGACCAGCUUAAGUUAAUUCAAAAGUCCAAGGAAUAUAAACAACAGCGAGAAAAAACUCCGGUUCAGGAAAAGGAGCUUUGCGAGGAGCCCAAUAAUCAGAUGCUUAUUGAGCAUAUCAAACUUCUCAUGGUCAAAAACCUCAAUUUUGAUCUGACUUCGAACAAGGUGAAGUUCAUCGAGCAGGACAAAAUCAACAAGCUUGAACACGAUCUCCAGCUGAUCAAUUUUAAAGAAAAAUCCUCAAAACAUCAGGGAAUAGAAGAACUGAAGGCUAAGAACAGCGUUCUGACAGAACUUAAUCUAGUUUACUAUAGCGAAUUGAUGGCUAAUCACGAGUUCAUCGGUGAUCUCCUGGGAUUGCUGAAAAAUGGACCGCCACAGCAAUCAGGAGAUCAGUACGAGCAACUCAAGAGCGUGAUUGACCAGCUACAACAGAAGAUUGCUACGCAGGAACGCGAUAGAAUUGUUCUGGAGAAUCAGAUUAUCAAAUUAAAAGAACGAUGGAAUAAUCUCGUUGAAAGCGCUCGCAAACGAAAAGAGCUGGAACUACAACAGCGUGAAGCAUAAUCUACUUUCGCAUUUAUUUAUUUCACCUUCGCAGCAUACAUCAUCUCCUCCUUCGUGAUCAAAUGCUCCACAGUCUCUAUACUGCUAAGAAGUUGGUCGAUAUUUGAGCUCCACUCGUUCAGAUACUCAUUCUCGUUCUUCGGCUUGAUGAAGCUGGCAAUCUUCAGUGGCCGGUUUAUCUUAGCGUAGAUAACCCCAUUAUUCACCAACUCGAUAAUGUUCAGUUCAACAUCCUGUUGUUCCAGUUGCAGCAGCUCACAUAAUCUUUUCAAUCGAAUCGAUGAGUAAUACUUUGAGACUAUUCUCAAAUUGUAUUCUAUCACGCGCUUCUGGAGAUCUUUGUAAUGCAGCUUACCUUUCUCAGUCGACUGAUCAAAGGUGGUAUCCCUAAACAAAUAAUCGCCAAACCGUGCUUCAGUUUCUUUCCAGUUGAUCAGCUCGUUUGUAGUGAACAGCUUUAAGAUCUCCUUUUCAGUUGGCAGCUUAUCAACGUUUUUGUCUAUCUUCACUCUAGAGAUCAAAUCGUUCUGCAAAUUGGAAUACGGCGAAAGCACACUGUAGUAAACAAUCUGUCUCAAGGCCUUCAAAGACUCGUUGCUGUCUCCCUUUAUCUUCGGGAUGUCGUAGAUGGCGAGAUAAUACUUCACCAGGUUGAUAUAGUCGUCUUCACUCAAAGCAAUGUCAAUCAUUAGCCUGUAGUACUCCAAUUUUUGGUCUGCAAACUUCUCCAAAGAUCUCACCAGGAUCUUUCUCGAGAGCAUCUUAGACAUCUGAUAGUCACCUCUCUUGUUGCUCAAAGUCAUUUGUCUCAAAAUAAACUCAAUCUUUUCAGUCAGUUCCAUAGACCCGUACGUCUCGACCUGCAAUUCGCACAACACAUCGCACGCUUUAUCCAAAUCAUUCUUCUUCUCCAAUAGGAUAUCACUGAGUAUUCUUGUCACCCUUGCACGCUCGAUUUCCACGAAGAUUUUGUUUUCGGUCACUGUGCGAAUGGUCUCUAUUGUUUGAAUCUUCGUUUCCAGAUCUUGAAUUUCAUCGAGAUGGGAAAUCGCUUGUUGAAUCAUUACCCUAACGGAGUCUUUCAGUUGCCCCUGCUUCUUGGAAAGCAGCAAAAUCUGCUCGUUAAGCAAAGACCAGUCCUUCUUUGAAGCCAAAAGAUCCAUCAAGGUUAUCAUGAUCCUCUUACAAGAAGCCAAAUCGGACGCCUGCCUUGUUUGCUUCUCCAACAACAGCAGCUUGUCGACGGCAGACCUGUAGUCCGAUUUGGACAACUGCUCAAUUUGAGGCAAUUGCUCGUCCAGCGUCUCGGUGAAAUCUUUUUCAGCUUUCAAUGGAGCCUCUCUCGACAUGUC